AUGUGGGAGCGGCCAGGAGUGGUGUAUCUGUUUCGCUACCUGGUGGCCUCAGCACGGUUGGCGUACCUUCUGCGAAGAAAAGGUCGACAGUUUGAAUAUGUAGAGCCACAAAAAUACGAUGACAUUGUGAGCAACUGCGCCGUAUGUGCACCCGCGGAAUGGGACUGCGAGUGUCCUCGCCCGAAGCCAGAACUAGAGAAGAGCGAAGACAGCGUCUUCUUCUACGGUGUGAACUCUGAUGGAGAUCGUCUGGUGGUCAGCGUGUCGCGCUUGUCCACUCACGUCGCCGAGCUAUGGCUCGCACUGUACACCUCGGACGGCACUCGAUACAAGCUGCCCACCACGCUUACACUAGACCGGAGUGCCGGGAGCUGUUUCUCCGCAGCUGGUCUGCGGCUGCAGUGCUUGGCUCCGAAUCGUCGCUGGCGCGUGGCGUUCAAUGGAUUGCUCAGGAAACACUCCGUGGAGGCAAGUACACUUUCGGAGGAAACAGAAGUGCACGUCAAACUCGGGUUGAUCUGGUCGGCGAAUUCGCACACGCUGGAGCAACCAGCUGAAUUGUCUGCGCCACUGCUGGCAGAAAGCCUUGCCCAGAUGACAACUGCUGACAUGCUGAACGACAUCAACAAGCUAAUGGCUGAAAUGGAUGCUUACGAUCAACCUGGCAUGAUGGCUGGCGAGCUGACUAUUGAAGACCAGACGAGAGAAGUGUUCUUGUGGGGUUGUAAAGUGAGAACACGAGGGAAGAUCCUGAAUGAAGAGUAUGAAGAAAACCACAACUUUGGCUUUCUAGAGAACGGCGACACUUACCAUUUUGUUCACUCCAGCGCAUACGGAGGAAGCAAAGGCAUCCUGUAUGGAUCUAUUUAUCCGCCAUCAUCAAUCAUGCACCCCAUUGAAUAUGGAUUUCUGAAGAGUAAAGGUCCAGACUCAGAAAAUGGUCUAGUGUUCAUAAGAAGUGGUGAUAGUGUCUUUCAAGUCAAUACCACAGCUGCGGCACCAAGCAUGUUGUACGACAGCGAAGAUGGUACAUCGCAAGUCAGUGUAAGUGCGGUUCACCUCAAGUGUGACAGCAAGAAAGGAUCAGGUUUUCAACUUUUUGUGAAAAGGCGAAAACGCAGAAGUCAUCACGUUAUUGGCGAGUUCAAGCACAAGAUAAUUCAUGAAAAUGACGUAACUAAGUUGGCCCCACUUGUUUCGGAUAUCCAAGAAAGAUGCAGCAAAGUUUCGGACCUCACAGGAGGCAAGGGGUCGUCUCUGUCUGUACUUCACUCAAUCUCUACUGAUCUCAAUACGUUUACAGUUCCUCACGGAUUCAUUGUAACCACCGAGUCUUACAAGCAUUUUGCCUCAGGAGAAGAGUUUCAGAAGCUGAUAAGAAAAAUAGAAGACUCGCGGAAAAGGGACAGCACGCAAGCGGACCUAAAGGAUGUUUGUAACAGUGUGGUCACUGGCAUCGAAAACCUAGAAGUGCCUGCGGAAAUCGCUGACGAAAUUGCUCAGCGUUUGUCAAAAUUUAAUGUGGAUACGAAGUUUGCUGUCAGAUCUUCCGCACUAGGAGAAGACUCCGAGGACAUGUCAGCUGCUGGUCAGAUGACGACUCUACUUGGCCUGCGUGGAAGAGAGAAAGUAAUCAGCGGCGUGGUGAAGUGUUGGGCGUCGCAGUUUAGUUUCACCAACGUCAACUAUAAAAGACAGUACGGACAGCCUUUGAAUGUACCGAUGGCAGUGGUGGUACAAGAACUGGUCGAUGCUAAUGCCGCUGGAGUUAUGUUCACUUGCGAUCCGCUAACCGGUAGCCCAGCGAAGAUCACAGUGACCGCCAACUACGGUCUUGGAGAGUCAGUGGUCUCUGCGACAGCGGAACCUGACACAUUUGUUCUCAAAAGGGCAGGUGUGACCAGACCAGUGAUCAUCUCAACACAACUAGGCCACAAGUCUGUCUAUACGAUGUCUUCAGACGGUGAUGGCAUCGUCACGGCACCAGUUACUGAGGAAAAAGCACGGAGUGCAUGUAUAUCAAAAGAAGACGUUGAGACAUUGGCAUUCAUAGGCACACAGAUUGAAAAGACUUACACAACACCACAGGAUAUUGAGUGGGCGAUCAGCAACGGCCGGUUUUUCAUGCUGCAGUGUCGACCGGUUACUACGUUCUUCAGGGAGUCUGACUGUGAAAUGAUUCAUGAAUUCGACAAUGGCCUGAAGAGCGAGAAGGAGGUACUCUGCAAGGCAAACAUGUCAGAAGUGUUGCCUGGUGCAACAUCUCCACUGAGCUACUCCUUCAUCCGCGUUGGCAUAGACACAUACUGCAGGGACUUAUGCUUACGUUUGGUGAGGGCCUGUGACCCGGACCCAACACAAUAUCAUUCCUUGUGGAUGCCCCUGCAGCGGUACAACUAUUUCAUGUGGCUGUCUGACGGACAAAGGCGAACGGGGCCUGGGUCAUCACUUCUCGACCAGUCACUGAUGUACAGCGUCAUGGGACGGGACGUCAGCAACGAAGUGGCAGAUGGCGUGCAGAGAGCCAGGCAGCUGCAGAAAACGAAGCUCCCAGAGCAAAUAUUAUUCACCUUGAAGCUGAUGCUUUCUAGUUGGAAACACUUCGACAAAGCUGCUGCUAAAGCUGCUGAACUGAAGUUGUCAGACGACGAAAUGAUCAGUGCGGAGCAGUUGUACGUAUACAUCGGCCGAAGCCUGCAUCACAUGAGAGAGCCGGCCGAGCUUUUAGUCAAGGCAUUUGCAACGUCAUCGAUGUACAAUCUCAUUAUCAUACAGAUACUGGCUGCUGCAAGUGGAGAACUGAACAAUGAAGUUUUCAGUGAGCUGUCAAAGAUUCUUCUUGGAGGAGACGUAGAAAGUGCUGGAGUUCCUCGCAUGAUUCAGGAGCUGGGCAGCAUGCUCAGGGGCUCCCCGGAGAAGGAGCGCUUCUUAAAUAUGAGCACGGAGGAAGCGUCAGAGUGGUUGUCAACUUCUGAUGAUGAGUGUGGCCAGAAGUUUCGAGAAUUCAUCAAAAAGCACGGCCAUAGGGCAGUUAAGGAGUUUGACGUGUAUACAAACCCAUGGGCGCUGGAUCCAUCAUCGCUGGUCAAGUCUUUGAAGGUUGCUGCAAAGGCUCCCCCAGUUGUGGAAAAAAAGGAACCGCCUGCGUGGAAUGCAUCCAAGUGCGCAUACCAGUUGUCUGCUUUCCAAAAACUCAUCCUGAAGCUUAUCGUGCCGCAAGCACGAAGUGCUGUGGCAGCACGUGAAACCGGCAAGUCUGCAAUUGUACGGGUCAUACACCAGCUGCGGCUAAUGUGCCACCAACUGGCAAAGCGCAUGGUAAACGAAGGCAGACUACCUUCACCAGACCUACUCUUCUUCCUCAGCUACGAAGAGAUCGGCAUUCUGAUCCGCACACGGGCUCCAGAGCUCGUUCUCAAAGCUCAGCGGAGGCAGAAAGUUUACGAGCAGGUGGACAAAGACAAAUACCCAACAAUUCUAAUAGGGGUGCCAAAGCCUAUUGAAAAAUUCAGGAAACCUGUAGAAGGCGACUUCGAAAUCAAAGGAAACCCGAUGUCUCAAGGCGUUGCAGAAGGACGAGCUCGAGUUGUGCCCACAUUUGAAGAAGCCCACCUAAUUGAGAAGGGAGACAUACUCAUCACCACAGCGACGGACACUGGCUGGACGCCUUACUUUCCCUUGCUCGCCGGAGUCGUGACAGAAAUAGGAGGCCCACUAUCACACGGUGCGGUAGUUGCACGUGAGUACGGCCUACCAUGUGUUGUUGGUAUCGAAGGCGUCACCAAUAUGCUUGCGUCUGGUGACUAUGUACAUCUUGAUGGCAACACGGGCGUUCUCAGAAGGAUUGCGGCCCCUAUUGCUGACGAGGAAUGAGAUAUUGCCAGAUGCGGCAGUCCUGUAUAGAAGCCAUGUUUUUUGAUGCAUACCUACCCAGUGUAUUUUUACAUGCUAGAAAAAUAAAAAGCACGCUGACCUCAAGCGUUCGUUUGUAAACUACAAGUGCAGAAGGCUCAAAAUAAAGCGUUGUGUUGGUAUGUUCUACG